AUGCUGCAGCAUUUCAGGCUAUUAAGAAACCUCCCGAAAUUAGCGCAUACCUACAUAUCCCCCCUCCAAAGCUUAAAUAAACAGCAGUUAAUAAGCUCACACAAUAUACUCAACUUUAAACCGAAGGCUGCUGAAAUCAAGUUUUUUCUUCCCGAUGUUGUUAGAUUGACCAAUCUCGAGAAAUGUGUGUUCGAAGCGCCUACUUUUGUGAGCGCGAUCAGAAUCAACAAACCCAUUGCAUUGCCGUCGCUACCGGAUGUCAUUCCAAUAGAACUCAAAAACGAUUUCACAGUUCGAAGGCGCAAGAUGAAAAAACACCAAAAGAAGAGACUACGUAAGCGUCAUGCAGUGUUGCUUCGAAAACUGCAGAUGAUGCGUGAGAAAAAGGAGGAAGGCAAAUUGCAACAGUUAUUAGAAUUUUGGAGAAUACGUUCAGAAGCAUGGGAUCCAUCUGAUAAAAUAAAAAAGCAGCUACAUUUUGCCAGAAGAUCCGGUUAUUACAUAGAUAUACUAAAUACUAAAGGUAGUCCAUUUUUCAAAGAAUAA